GUACCUGUGUCUCUCCUCCCAGUUGCAAAUCAGUUGACUCUCACCUCCCCGUCCCAUUAGUCCCAUUCCCGUCCCAUUAGUCCCUCUGAUCCUGCGACCCGCUUGGCUUUUGUGGCCUCAUCCCAUUCAGUCCAAUCACUUGCCCUGAGCAACCUUCUCACUGGUGCCACUCAGGGCUCAAUACUAAACUAUAGGUUUAAGUACCCACGUCACCCGCCAUGCAAUAGGCACCACUUCCAUAGAAUAUUUGUGCCAGUCCUUGUUGCCAUGAGUCUGUGGGCACGGGCCGGCCUCCUGGGCUCAGUCAUUUACCUGCUGCAUAGGAAGAAGACUGUCCUGACUGAAGUGAAACAGAGCUGCUGUGGUGUUGGCAGACAUGGGCACGAGUAUGAGUUAAAGCUGGUGCAGGUUAUAUAUCGGCAUGGCGCCAGGACCCCACUCAAGCCCAUCCCACACGAGGACCAGGUGGAGUGGUCCCCAGCAAUGCUGGUGGCUCCGGAUCACACGCAGUUUGACUACAUCGUUACAGACUUGGUGGGGGGUCCCAAACCUCCGUCUCCAUUUGAGGAACGCUACCGAUCUCAUACACUCAAGGGCGGUACAUUCCCGGGGCAGCUGACGACGGUGGGCAUGAAGCAGAUGUUUAACCUGGGACAGCGGCUCAGAAGGGAUUACAUAGAGGAGCAGAACUUUCUUUCACCAGUGUUUAAAUCAUCAGAGGUCUUCGUCCGUUCUACUAACAUUGUGCGCAAUAUGGAAUCAACACGCUGUUUGCUGGCUGGACUCUUCCUACAACAGCAAGAAGGACCAGUGACCAUCGUAACUGCCGACGCCAACGCUGAGAUUUUGUAUCCCAACUACCAUGGCUGCCAAAAGCUUAAACAGCUGACCAGUAACAUGACGUCCAGUGCCUCCUCCCAGCCUGGAAUGUCAGAGGAUCUGGAGAAGCUGCGGCAGGAGAUGAACAUUGACUCUACAAAGGAAUUGGAUUUCUUUCUUCUCCUCGACAACCUGUUGGCUCAAGAGGUCCACGGAUUUCCCUGCCCACUAAAGGACAAGUCAAACCUGCAGAGAAUAGAAGAGAGAGCUAUUGAUGUCAUCUCUUAUGUCAUAGGACCCAAUAACAGGAAGACUCUGAAGCUGAGCGUGGGGCCCUUCCUACACACUCUGCAGAGGAAUAUGCUGGAAGUGAUGAGCAGAGCAGGUGCAGAGACACAGGCCAGGAAGUUCUAUCUCUAUGCUGCCCAUGAUGUCACCCUGAUACCCCUCCUGAUGGCUCUUGGGAUCUUUAACAAGAAGUGGCCUCCCUACGCCUCCGAUCUGACGUUAGAACUUUACCAGCACCGGCGCUCCAAGGAGUGGUUUGUGAGCCUCCGCUACAACGGAGAGGAGCAGGAGGUGAGAGGAUGCCAGUCGGGUCUCUGCCCAUUAAGAGAAUUCCUCGGGGCGUUAUCCGAGUUUGCGUUAAGCCCAGAAGAUUACAAGGCGCAGUGUUCCAUUACAGACACAGAGAAGAUUUAGCCUCCUUUAUGCCUCCCAAUACAACAUAGUACCUCACUUACCUCUGUACUGUCAGUGGGACCCCCACCCUUGUUCAACUAAAACUCCCAUCAUGCCUUCCCGGGGAUGCUGGGUAAAGUAGUUCCGUCUUUGUCUGAGCGCUACAGAUUGGCCAUACGUGUGAACAAGGCGGGUUUCUAUCAUUUGCAUUGACUGGACAACGAGCAGGAGGCGGGGCCUUAAACACAGGAGAUCAUUGGACACAUUUUCUACAGUCAAGAUGUUUUAUUGUGAAGAUGUUUUUGCUGCUGUAAAACAUACACUGUACUGUAUCUUCUCUAAUAAAACUAAAAAUACUCUU